GCCGCAUCCAACAGUGGACCAAACAACGGUCGGUGUCUUCUACGCCCUUACAACCCGCGGUGACCAUCCUCCACUUCUAACAUUAAGCGAGUACUUGGAUUAGUUCGUUUUUUUACGACGAUUUUCUCCAAGUAGCCUGGAAAAAUCCAGCAUGACAGUUAUGUCGGGACCAAGUUACGCUGCAUGGGCGGGCCAUGGCUCGAAAUUCGGUAAUCUGACCUUAGCAGACACAGUUCCACCAGAAAUGUCACAUUUAAUUGAUCCCCACUGGUAUCAAUUCCCGCCAAUAAACCCUCUGUGGUAUCCUUUGGUUGGUUUUGUUAUUGGUGUAUUAGGAGUUAUCUCUGUCAUCGGUAAUGGCAUGGUGGUUUACAUUUUCUGUUCAACUAAAUCGCUACGUACUCCAAGUAACUUGUUUGUCAUCAAUCUCGCCUUUUCUGAUUUCCUCAUGAUGUUUACUAUGUCUCCACCUGUGGUGAUUAACAGCUACUAUGAAACUUGGGUAUUUGGACCUCUUAUGUGCCAAGUCUACGCAUUGUUAGGCUCUCUGUUUGGAUGUGGCUCCAUAUGGACAAUGACAUUAAUUGCAUUUGAUAGAUAUAACGUAAUCGUCAAAGGUUUGUCAGGCAAACCACUCAGUAUCAAUGGAGCCCUCCUUCGAAUCAUUGGUAUAUGGCUAUUCUCACUCUUUUGGACUGUUGCACCUAUGGUAGGAUGGGGCCGAUAUGUACCUGAAGGAAAUUUGACUGCUUGCGGCACUGACUACCUCAGUAAAGCAAUAGAAAAUACAUCUUACAUACUUGUAUACAGCGUAUUUGUCUACUAUUUGCCACUAUUUAUGAUAAUCUACAGCUACUACUUCAUCAUUCAAGCUGUCGCAGCACACGAGAAAAAUAUGCGAGAACAAGCAAAGAAAAUGAAUGUUGCUUCUCUACGAUCUUCUGAAAAUGCUAAUACCAGUGCAGAAUGCAAAUUGGCAAAGGUUGCGCUUAUGACAAUCUCCUUGUGGUUCAUGGCAUGGACUCCUUACCUGGUCAUUAACUAUACAGGCAUCUUUGAUAGCCAGAAGAUAACACCUAUCUUCACCAUUUGGGGAUCCAUUUUCGCAAAAGCAAAUGCUGUAUAUAAUCCUAUUGUUUAUGGUAUCAGCCAUCCUAAAUACCGAGCCGCUCUCUUCCAAAGGUUCCCAUCUUUGGCUUGUACCAAUGAGCAAGCACCCCAUACGGAUGCAACAUCUACUGCAUCUGGUAUUACCACAGUCCCUGAAGGCGAGAAAGCUUCGGCAUAAGGAAAGAAUUGUAAAAUGCUGCCAUUUUCUAAAUUUCUAAAUUAACAUUAUACUAAAAUGCAAAUAUUAAUAUCAUCAGAAUGAAUAUAAUAUUUAAUAAUUUAAUAACUGGGGCAGCCAUAUUUAUGUGUUCUAAACAAGGACUUCCAUGUGAUAUAUGUAAUGUUAAAAAAAAUAGAAACAACAGGGAUCUAUAGUGAACACAGGUGAACUAAUUGAUUCUAUUUAACAUCUAGAAGGAGAUUUAUAAACAAAACCUGUACCAAUAACAUACAUGAUAUCACUGUGUACACAACAUAAAAUGAGCAAUCUUUGAAUACAUCUAUGAUUAAUUUUAUGAUUCAUAUUUCACCACAAUGUGAAUCAUUUACAAUUGAUUAAUAGAUUGAAUUAUAAUUUUGUGCAUUUUAUAAUAUAGUGGUAUACAUGGUCACUUUGGUAUAGCAGGUAUUGGCUCUAUGAUUACAAGAUUAGUCAGCGUGCCAAAACAUAGCGAUAGCGUCAUAUCUGUACUUAAUUUUGUAAAAUUAAAUAAAUCAUGCAAGCAGCAUUA